UUUUACUGCUGCUCAAUCAGUACUCGGUACGUGACCGUCUACGAUUCUAUUUAACAGCAUCCCACCCUACAACUAUUUGACAUCUAACAUUUAACACUUCUCAUCCCACCUUUCAUUCUUCAUCCACCUUUUAUCAUCUUUUCUCCCACAACGUUCUUAACCUUCUCGUCACCGACUUCCAUUUUUUACUUUCACCCAAUAUCGACUCGUUUUAUUCACCUCAAACACUUACUUCAUCAAAUCAUCUUAAAUACAAUGGCUUUCUACAACAAACGCCCCCUCACAUCGGACAGCGUCAAGCCUAUGGACUCCAUCAGCGUCCAAUCCAUUAACGACGGCUACCAUAUCAUCAUGAGUGAUACCAGCGACUGGAGUUUCGAUGCCGAUGGCGUGUUAUGCCUGAUGAAGACGAAGGACUGGACCUGGGACAUGAUCUCGAAAAUCCUCCAGCGCCCCGUCAAAGACGCGAAGGAGCGAUUCCAGCUCCUCACUUCUCUCGCCAAGGACGACGGAGGCAUCCCAACAGACAUCAUCGGGGAGCUCUACUUCCUGAAGAUGCGCCGCUACCCCACGAUGUUGGAUGACAUCUUGUCGCGAUCUUCGGAGUUCGAGAAGGGAAAGGCCGAGUUGGAUAAGGCGUUCAAGAAUCGCAGCCUUAAACUCUCCGACAGCCUCAACGGGGCCGGUGGUAUUAAUGGGUCCUGGCUUGACUCCAUCAUUCCCAACACCGGAGCUACUGAAGCGGCAGACUCUCUCCCCGAACAUCGCUCGUCGGCGCCCAGCUCAAGCAGUUCUUCCGGCUAUGAAUCUUCCGGAUCUUCUGAGGUGGCCGAGAUGGAACCCUUCGAACCCAAGAAGGAAGUCCAGGUCUACCGACCGAAAGACGCCAUCAUCAACAGUUACGCCAGAGAGUUUCCGGAGAUGAAGAAGUUGCGAGCCGACAAGGUCUUCACCAAAUGGGAGUGCAAGGCCCUGGCCACUCUCGAGGCCCGUCAGCGCGGUAACAAGUGGUUCAAUCUCUCCGCUGACUUCACCAACUUGACCGGACGAGACGUCGACGCAGACGUGCUCCAGGCUAAGUUGGAGAAGGCGCCCACCAUGAACAAGUCGGAGACGGCUACCUUUUACGGGUUUGAACGGCCGGCCAAUGAGGAGAAAAAAACGAAACGCACUCGACGAGAUGCAUAGUUCGAUUCUUUCCUCGGCACGUUUUUCUUUCGCAUCAUGGUAUGGGCAAUGGUACCCCGGGCAAUA